AAACAGCUUUGCAGGAAGGAUAUGCGCUUCUAUAAUGCUUCGGACAUUCAUGUAGCUCAAGUAUUUCUAUUUACAAUUUUAACAUGGACUCCGGGACCAUCCUGCUACGCCCCUGACAUAGAAAGAGAAAAUCUAUCACCUUACUAUUUCUUUCUUUGUCGGCCCGGUUUUCGGUGAUCAUGCUCCCUCCCGGUAUACCCUAUAAUCUUCAGUCAACGAUACUUUGCUCGAAAGGGGUUUAUUGUCGUUUUUUUGAGAGAUAUACCGCGAUACGAAACGGCACGGUCUUCCAGUUUGGUUCAUCGGGAUAUUUCGAUAAUUACAGCUUCAAAAGAGUAAAAAAUCCAUGUACGUACAAAAUCUUGGUUGCGGAUCUGGAUAUUUUUCAGCUUGGGAACCAAACCUUUUUUAAGCUCUUGAUGUCACCGUAUUUUUGGAAAAACCUUCAAUAAUGGCAACCCACAAGACAGGUGGCCAAAGUGCCCGCAAAAAAGUACAGGUAUCAAUGGUGAUCAGAGAUGAAGUAGAGCGUAAGCACAGAGCAGGAGUAAAUUCGCUGCAAUAUGAUCCAGUUUCGCAUAGAUUGUACUCCGCUGGAAGAGACAGCAUAAUACGCAUAUGGAACUGCAAAAAUAUUAAAGAACCUUAUAUACAAUCAAUGGAACAUCACACAGACUGGGUCAAUGAUAUUGUUUCAUGUUGCGGUGGUAAAAAUUUGAUAUCGGCUAGCUCUGACACAACAGUUAAAGUGUGGAAUGCUCACAAAGGCUUCUGCAUGUCCACUCUGCGCACGCAUAAGGACUAUGUUAAAGCCCUAGCAUAUGCAAAGGACAGAGAACAAGUGGCUAGCGCCGGGUUAGACAGAGCAAUAUUUUUGUGGGAUGUCAAUACAUUGACGGCUUUGACUGCCAGUAACAACACAGUGACCACUUCAUCCUUGACGGGAAACAAAGACUCCAUUUAUAGUUUAGCGAUGAAUCCACCCGGGACUGUCAUAGUCAGUGGAAGCACUGAAAAAGUUCUUCGUGUCUGGGAUCCACGGUCUUGUGCAAAGCUCAUGAAGCUCAGAGGUCACGCAGAUAAUAUCAAAGCUCUGGUUUUAAACAGAGAUGGGACGCAGUGUCUUUCUGCUAGCUCAGAUGGUACUAUAAAAUUGUGGUCCCUUGGCCAACAGUGGUGCAUACAAACGUUCAGAGUUCAUACAGAAGGCGUUUGGGCAUUGCUGGCGACAGAUACUUUCAGCCACGUAAUAUCUGGGGGUAGAGAUAGAAAGGUAAUAAUGACAGAGUUGAGGGCACCUGAAAGAUGCACAGUCAUCUGUGAGGAGAAAGCUCCGAUCCUCAAAAUGGCUAUGACUCCAGAUCAGAAUAGUUUAUGGGUAGCCACUAGCGAGUCGACUAUAAACAACUGGGCAAUUAACCAAAAAGACUGGCAAUGCGGAGACUAUUGCGAGGAUACAACCGGAACUGUAUCUGGACUUAGAAGUAUAGGACCUUAUAAUUCAGAGCCUACCCAGAAAAUAAUUGGAGGUGCAGCGGUACGACACUGUCACGUUCUCAAUGACAGAAGGCAUGUUCUAACUCGAGACACUGAGGAAAAUGUGGCACUUUAUGAUGUGUUGAAAGCUAGCAAAGUCAUCGAUCUUGGGCAGGUGGAUUUUGAUCAGGAAGUGAAGAAAAGAAAUAAGACAGUUUAUGUCCCAAAUUGGUUUAACGUUGACCUGAAGACUGGGAUGUUAACUAUACACUUGGGGCAAGAUGAGAAUGACUGUUUUUCCGCAUGGGUUUCUGCUAAAGAAACCGGCUUGGCAGACAAUGACGCCGUUGACCAGAAAGUAAACUAUGGAAAUCUGCUUCUCCAAGCGCUUCUCGAGCAUUGGUGGAGACCUUUGCAUGCCGACGACGAGAAUGAUGGGAAUAUUAAUGACGGAAACGGACCAACGCAUACCAGAGGAGGUAAUCCCUACUUUUCCGUUCCCGGCCAUACACCUGUCAUCUUUAGUGAAGUCGGCGGUAGAACUUUAUACAGAUUGCUAGUCCGUGAUGCAGCUGGUGAGACAGAAGGAGUACUUCUCAAUGAAACUGUCCCACCAUGGGUUGUCGACAUUGUAGUAGAUAAAAAUCUGCCGAAGUUUAUCAAGAUUCCGUUUUACCUGUUGCCACACUCGACUUCAGGUGUUAAGAGCUUGAAAAAAGAUCGCCUGAUAGCCAAUGAUUUUAUUCAAGUUCGCAAAGUGGCCGAGCACGUGUACGAUAAGGUAUUAGGUGCUGGUAGUGACUCCGGUUCAGUUGCUGGUGCUGGAAAUACAGUGUCUGGAGGUUCUCCAGCUGGCGACCGUGCAAACGCUGAUUCAAAUACUGACAACUCGUCAUUAGCAGAAGACAAGGUGGAGCUACUUUGCAACGAUCAACUUCUGGACCCUUCUAUGGACUUGAGAACGGUGAGACAUUUCGUCUGGAAAAACUCCGCGGAUUUGACGUUACAUUAUCGACCAGUCAAAUAGUCGAAAAUCUAGAUGGACGGCCUGAGAUACUUGUAAGUACAUCCAUCAUGCGUCACUUUUUUAUGUGGCUUUUAAGACCACAAAUCUUUGAGUGAGUAUUGAUUGUCUGUAUAACACAAAACGACAGAUCGAAGAUCUUACACAUGAAGUUGCACGCAGGUAUGAACAAAGUUUGCUUAAUACUCUGGUGGAACCCCCAGAAAUGGAGGGAGUAUUGAACCUGUGAUGUGUUUCUGAUAUCAUCUUAUUGUCAGAGAUGUUAGAGCAUCAUUGAUUGGGAACAUGAAUUGAUCGAAGUCAAAGGUGAUUUUUGUUGAUGAUUUCGUUAAUCUCAAAGUUCAACAUUUGAAUGUGGUAACAUCAGCGAAGAACGCAGUAUCUUAGGAAUCAUAUUUUCAUGAGUUGGGUUCAGCUCGAGGUUUUGCAUUGCUAAAAUUGUCAUCAAGAUGAUUUUGUACAGAUAUAGCUGCAUCAAAUACUUUCACAAUGACAAAAUAAAUAUCAGUUGAUAACCUUGACUAUUAGAGAUCCUAAACGUUAGGUAUAAAACUUUUCCUGAAACUAAAUGUUUGAUUCAUAGGUGAAACGAUCAUACAAUUUGUGAAUAGGUUAUUGUGUUUAUUUCUGGUAAAUGAAAUGUGGAUAAGACUGUUCAACGAACAUUUUGAAAGAUGGUUUUAGCUAUGGUGAAGCAACGAAGAAUUGUUCUGGAGAAACGGUAACUCAAUUUUCUCUGUGAGUUCAUAAAUUCUCAAAUCCUAAUGCGAAUUUCCACUGUCAAACAUCCGACUAAUCCAUUUUAUACAUCGCGAAAUCCAAUGCCAAAACGUGGAGUGAAGCACCUUCUAUGAACCUGUUAAAGGAACCGGUGUUUCAUUACCGUAUGCACAAAUUGUCUGGGUCGAAGAGCAAAUUGACGAUGUAAAAAGGAAAUAUAGGUGUUAAUCUACGUUCGAUUAAAUUCUAUCCAAGCAGCCAAAGUAAUGUAAAAAGUUGGCCAAAUAAUUUUAUGAAUUUGUAGUAAAAACAUGUAUUCGCCAGUUUGUAAUGAUCCAUACCUGGAAUGAAACAUCAAAUCUAUGGCCGUGUUUCAAUCAUUUCGAGGGUUUUGGCAUUGCAUUUUCUUCAAACCAGAAAGUUUGCUGACAAUUUCAGAAAUGGCAAAGGUUACUCUCAGAAAUGGAAGCAGGGCAAGUGUAAGAAAUCGAGAACUUGUUGACUGUCCGUACGUUGUUUAGCCAUGUAUUGAUAACUCAAUUCAAUUCAAUUCCUGUACCAUAUUGGAACAAAUGAUUUCCCAAUUAACUUAGAACUAAGCCAAGCACAAUUGUAAAUAAAUGAAAAACAUUACACAAAGAAAUAGCAUGUCUAGAAACUACCGGACUCAUCUAUAAGAUGAGGCAAUGCCACAGACUUAUAAUAUUAAUAAAACUUGACAAGAAUUAGUAACUAGCUUUAUCAGAGAUUUGUACCAGGUGCUCAUUUAUAUGAAAUUGUACGUAGCCUUUCCAUUUACUUGGUGGGUAUUCGUAUUUUGUUACAUCAUUGAAUGCCCGAAUUUUGGUAUCUCUUAACGAUGCUAAAAUAAAUGGAAAAGAGCAUCAAAAAUCCUACAAAGUAAUUUGGUGCUUUUAGAUGUUCAAUCUAUACGAAAUUAUGUUAACUGAUUCAGCUACAAAAAAAAUAAAACAUAAAGAAUCAAAAUAAAAAAGUUUUCAAGUAUUAAUGAA